CUGAGGGAAAGCCGUGGAAUGGCGGACGGGCGGUGCGGGUCGCGUCGGUCGUGACGACGAGCUGAGGGAGGAAGGCGCGGAGAAGGCGGUUGCGGGCGGAACACUGCCUGAAGCCAGUCCACCAUGCCAUUAGUAACAAGAAACAUCGAGCCAAGGCACCUGUGCCGUCAGACGCUGCCUAACAUUCGGAAUGAGCUGGAGUGCGUGACCAACAUCACCCUGGCAAAUGUCAUUCGACAGCUGGGCAGCCUGAGUAAAUUUGCUGAGGAUAUCUUCGGUGAGCUUUUCACACAGGCCAACACCUUUGCCUUUCGUGUGAGUUCUCUGUUUGAGAGAGUAGACCGCCUGCAAGUCAAAGUCACUCAGCUGGAUCCCAAGGAGGAGGAAGUGUCCCUGCAAGGUAUUAACACAAGGAAGGCCUUCAAAAGCUCCACAACUCAGGACCAAAAGCUCUUUGACCGAGACUCUCUCCCAGUGCCUGUCCUUGAAACAUACAGCGUUUGCAAUACACCACCACCUCUGAACAUUCUCUCCCCUUACAGGGAUGAUGGCAAAGAAGCACUCAAAUUCUACACAGAUCCAUCUUAUUUCUUUGAUCUAUGGAAGGAGAAAAUGCUGCAAGACACCAAGGAUAUCAUGAAAGAAAAGCGGAAGCAUCGGAAAGAAAAGAAGGAUAAUCCAAACCGAGGAAAUGUGAAUCCACGGAAAAUCAAAACCAGGAAAGAAGAGUGGGAGAAAAUGAAAAUGGGACAAGAAUUUGUAGAGUCAAGGGAAAAAUUUGGACCAUCCGGGUACCCCUCUAAUAUGGUGUACCAGAAUGGCAGUAUUGGCUCCAAUGAAAGCGUAGAUACAAGCUACUAUCCACCUCCUCCCCUGCCGGAUUCAGUUUCUCCAUCUCCUCCUUCGUUCACCGAAGACAGCCUUCCUCCACCCCCAAUGGAAUUUAGCUAUCCAGCACACAACCAAAGUAGUUCUGGGGGACUGAAGAAAUCUGGCCUAGUCAGCCCAAGCCACCCUCCACCAGCUCCACCCAUUGGUUCGCCGCAAGGAGCCCGACCAGGUUUUGCACCACCUCCUGCGCCUCCACCGCCUCCACCGAUGGCAGGGGUUCCUCCGCCGCCUCCGCUGGCAGGCUUCCCAACUGUGGGCAUCCCACCACCCCCAUCUCCUCCUUCCUUUCCCCCUCACCCUGAUUUUGCUGCCCCUCCACCCCCACCUCCUCCAGCAGCAGAGUACACUCAGGUGCCCCCACCCGUCUUGCCCCAACAAGCAAGUGGUGCACCGCCCCCUCCUCCUCCGCCCCCUCCUCCUGGGCCCCCUCCUUUGUCUGUCAGUGGCACGGAUGGCCCAGAGGUUCCUCCACAGCUGGACUCCAAGCCAAAGUCUUCAUUGCCUGCUGUUAGUGAGGCUAGAAGUGACUUGCUUUCAGCUAUUCGUCAAGGAUUCCAGCUCCGCAAAGUAGAAGAGCAGCGCGAGCAAGAGAAGCGAGAUAUCGGGGGCAACGAUGUGGCGACCAUCCUGUCCCGCCGCAUUGCAGUGGAGUACAGCGACUCGGAAGACGAUUCUUCAGAGUUUGACGAGGACGAGUGGUCUGAUUAGACGCCCACCCAUAAAAAAGGAAGAAACAACCAUCCUCGCUCAGAUUGCCAAAGCUCUUCUUGCUUUUGUCUCUCCUCCAGUAACCAAAGAUUGCUGUACCAAGGACUUCCAGUUAACCGCCUGCCUUCUUUAAUUGACUGGACUUGUGCCUCCUUUCUAGUUAAAGAGGGAAACAGAAAUUAACCCCAAAUCUCCAGAUUCUCAGGGCUGUAGAAGAAAUUCUGGUUAAAGAUUUCUCGGGGGUGGGGGGGAAUGCAGUGGGAAAUAGUGGGGAAACUUGAAAAUCAGAGGCCCCAAAGCAGUUGAGAAGCAUCCUUUCAAAUGACCACUAUUUCAAAGAGCCCUAUAGUUAAAGUCAGCUCUUUUUUUCUUUUGCAGCAGUACAUCUGGCAUUGGAAUGAAAACUCAGCAGCAGUCGGGUGCGUGGUUUAUUGAACCACUCAGAUUGGGCACUGCUGCAAGCAGAUGAGCUUGUUCUCUCUCUCUCUCUCUCUCUCUCUCUCUCUCUCUCUCUCUCUCUCUCUCUCUCUCUCUCUCAAACUUUUAAAAGCUAAAUUCGUAAGUUUGAAAUGGAUGCUUGAGGAGGGUUACAUUCUAUACAGGAUAGUUGGGACUUCUAAAAAGUUGUGUCCUUCUUAGUCCUUUGGUGUGGUCUUCUCAAAAUUAUCUAAAGGGGAAAAAUGAACCAAAGAGUGCAGGAUCUUACCAGCUUUUCAAGCUGUUCUUACCCAAUUCCCCUCCUUGCCACAGAACGCCCCCCCCCCCGGUCCGUGUGAGACUGCAGAAUAGCCUUUACAUUGGUCAAAAGGGGGACCCCCACUCCACUAACCCUUCUUGCUUCAAUUCCACAUUGCCCAGUUCUUUGCAGUGUCAUCUGAAUUGGGAAGUAGUGUCUAGCACUGAACUAGGACCCAGAAGCCCUGGGCAUAGCCUUAUGAUGUUGCGUGCUCUUGGAACCCGGAGCAGAGAACUGUAUGGCACCCUCUGCUACAGAAUGAGUCGGUGGUAAAUUAAAGCCAUUGACCCGUGCCCCUUUUCCUCUCUAGACAUCCUGGGGAGGUUUUAUGGACCAAAUUGGUCAUUGUUAAUACACAUCCAGUCUGCCUUUAUUAGCCUGUUUUAAUCCCUUCGGUUGGUUUUGCCGUCUUCAUUACCAGACAAAAAAACACUCAUUCUAUUUCCUAGAUUGAAUUGCAGGGGUGAUUUGUCAGUAGUGACUGAUGGGGAACGUAAACUGCUUUGAGGGUGUGAUGGCAAAGCAGUAUAUAAUUUUAAAUAAAUUAGGUUUCACUUUAAAUCCGGAACAGCAGCGUUAGAAAUAAAUACUCCUUUCUAGUGAGUGCCUUUUUAAAUGGCUUUUUUGAUCUUGCCUGGCCCUGCAAAAUACCCAGAGGCCAUUCCUGGGGAUCCUGGCUACUAGGCUGAUGUGGAGUCACCCUCAUAAAUAAAUGAAUCUGGUUCUGGGUGCCAAUAGAGUACCUACUACCCUCACGACAUUUUCUUUAAAAACUCCACAGAGUUUUUGAUGCCAGAAAUACUUAAUAGCCCAGAUAUUGUUGGUUUUGGCGAAGGGACCAAAGUAUCAAAGCAGGUGCGUGUUUCUUUCAUUCUGAGCUCAAAGCCUCAGAGAAGGGAAUGGGGAAGAGAUCGUGUCUGAACUUCACAAGGGGAGCCCAUUCCUUUUCAGAACAUUCCCACUUGGCUUCUUGGCACAGAUCUGCCGGAAGUACGUUUUCUGUGUUAGGUUGGGAGGAAAGGGGAUUUCUCAUUCUUGCUGGUGAGCUUAGCUAUAAAAUGCCACACAGGAUUUUUGCAUAAAUGAUUCCAGCCAAACGAUCUUCUAUUCUUUCCAUCCUUCCCUAUUUAAAACAAUACCGCUUAUGGGAAUGGAAGGUCCUUGCUUCAUGCAGGGCAUGGAUCCUGGAUGGUGCUGUGUGCCUCCUGAGAUUUGGGACACGAGUUCAUGAGCAGCUUCCAGAGAGUGCAGCGACCUUCAGUCUGUUCCGUUCCUGUAGCUCUUCCCAGUCCACACUCUCCUAUGCAACAAAGCCAGCAACUUUUUGCUGGUGUAACUAUUAGGGAAUUACAUUUGUGUGUGUUUUCUUAUGUAAGGGAACAAGUAGUGCCUCGUGCAAACUUUAGUGUGCACAAACACACUUGAAUCCUUUUUAUACUUGGGAUUGUAGCAGAUAGUGCACUAGAGAAAUUGCCCCCCUGUGGUGUGCAGAGUGGUUAUUUCUAUCUGAGCCCGUAACCAGCUGUUCAAAGCCAGGGCAUAGUGUGGUUGACCCUAAAUGAUCCAGAAUAAAAAUGAGCUUCUCUUGUGUGUUUAGAUUAAAUACUAAUAAAAAACAGUCAGAGCACCUUUCUCUUCUAAAAUUUUUGUGGCUCUGUUUCUGCCCCCGCCUCCCGGGCUCUGAUGCUCGACUCUCUCCCGCUGGUUCUGAAAUGCCAGCUGUUGAUUUCUCUGUCCUUCUCAGCUGACCAGACCCAGGGAGAGGAAUCCUUCAGAGUCCCAAAGGCGACAGAGUGGCAUCAGACAACCUUUAGGUAGAAACGGGCAGCUUUAAAAUGUGCCAGCCUUUGAUCUCCAUGGCUGGGGAAAGGGGGCAACGUCCCUUUGAAAAGGUCCCUAUGCCUUCAGAGAAUUUCCUACGAUGCUGCGUUUGACUUUCUUUUGUAUGUAUCUUUUUUCCACCAAGUCUGCAAGCAGAAGUGGAAGAGUCGGGAUUGAGGGUCUGGUUUUGUUUUUUUCAUUUCAGCUCCUAACAUGAUUCAUUUAAUUGAUUUAAAAUACUAACCAAUAUUUUAUUUCCUGCCUAGUAUGAUAGGUGAUUUUUGUAAGUGCCUUAUUUCCUAUGACAAAAAUAUAUUUAUGAAUAAUUAUUGCAAAUUUAUCAUGGAGGAUAAAAAAUGAAUGCUACACGGAGCCGCCUCCUUAACCCCCUCCCCCACGGUUGAUUUACAACGCCAUCCUAAGCAGAGGCACCCCCUUCUGAGCCAUCAGCGUACUUAGGAGGGUAUAAUUCUGCUUAACACUCUGAUUCGGAUGACAUUAUUAGAGUAGACCUAUUGGAUGAACCUUGGUAUUGGUGGGGAAAAUGGUUUCAGCUGGAGUUCCUUGAAGCUUAGCGACGGGGAAUACGAUUGGACCAAGAUCCUGGUCCCCACGUGCUCCUGGCCAGUGCUGUGAGUUCUCAGAUGUGUUCACAUGCUUGCUGGAGGUGAGGCAUGUGGUACUCUUUUUUAUUUUUGCACAUUCACAAUCUACGAUAUGCCUAGAAAUUGGCUCUCACUCUACACUCAAACAGUGUGAAUUGGUCCUAAGGCUCGAUCCAAAAGAAAGAAAAAUCCUUUUAUCAAUAAAAACUAAAAUGACCCUACCCUUUUCCAGCACCAAGGCCAGUAACAUGUAUGUUUCUGAACAACCUGAUUAUCGGGUGCCAAAUUCUAGUUUCGUUGACUUGAGUGAUAACUUAAUGUCAUUGACCAUCCGUAAAGUUACUCUUCAGAAUUUGGCAGCCUCUUUUUUUUUUUUUUUUGUAAACAUCUCUUGAUGGUUGACGCUUUUAAUCCAAACUUUUAAUACGGCUUUUGUAAUCUCUCUGGUCAGUCAUUCUCUCUUUUUCUUGAGGGACUGUUUGUAACGUGUGUGUGUUUUUUAAAAGGGUCCUUUUUACUGUGUAAACUUCUAAGCAAUCAUAAAUUCUUUCUAGCCAA